CCGCAACUUUAUUAGCGGUUCGUGCAGCAGAUACGGAAAGCAGAUUUAAAUCUGUUCAAAUCUGUUAAUCUUUUUAAUCUGUUUGUUUCUCUUUUAAGACGCAUAAAUUCCGUUUUUCCAGAUUGCCGGUGCGAGUUGGUAUCCUUCCCUGGUCACUCUGAGAUUCUAGCCCUGUCCAUUAAAUUUUAUCCUCACCUAUUCUGUAGUUUGAGGCCCUUCCACCACACUGUUGAGUGAUGGGAGGGGAGGAGCUCAUUUUUGAAGGGUGCAACUUCUUCCGACAACGGCUGACCUUUUCUGUAUUGAGUGGUCGACCCGUAACUAUUCAGAACAUUAGGAAAGAUGAUGAUGCGCCUGGGAUAAAAGAUUUUGAGGCAAAGCUUCUUUCACUUUUGGAGAGGAUAACAAAUGGAACAAGAGUUGAGAUAAAUAGUACUGGUACGGAAGUACGUUUUCGUCCUGGUAUUAUCAUUGGAGGAGUGCUGACUAUGGACUGUGGCUCCGAUCGGUGUUUGUCGUAUUUCCUAGAGCCCAUGAUCAUUAUCUCACCGUUUUGUAAGAACGCAAUGACGUUGAAGUUGAAAGGAGUGACGAAUGCAUCGAAUGAGAUCUCUGUUGAUGCGAUAAAGUCUACGUGGCUUACUGUUUACAAUAAGUUUGUCCUUAAUGACGAAAAACUAGAGUUGAAGAUAAGUGCACGGGGGUUGAAGCCGGCAGGUGGUGGCUGCAUAUUAUUUUCCGCGCCUAUUGUGAAAACCUUGCGGCCCGUACAGCGCCCUAAAUCCGGCAAGAUUUGCAAGAUUCGCGGUCAAGCUUAUGUAACGAAGGUAACUCCGUCCCUCGCAUACCGUAUGAUCGAUGCAGCAAAGAAGAUGCUUCAUGGCUACAUUUCUGAUGUAUACAUCACUGUCGAUCAACGUAAGGGAGACGCGGGAGGAAACUCGCCUGGAUAUGGGUUAUUUUUGACGGCAGAGACGACUGAAGGAGUUGUUUAUCAUGGGGAAGCCAUUUCCAAACCAAAAGGAGAGGCUGGAGACCCAAUUGUCCCGGAAGAUGUUGGGACAAACGCCGCAUCUGCUUUACUUGAAGAGAUUUGCAGGGGAGGGUGCCUAGACAGCUCUGCACAGACGCUAGCUUGCGCAUUCAUGGCUCUUGGACAGAAAGAUGUUUCAAAAUUUCUUUUUGGCCCGCUAACCGUUUAUAGUGUUCACACCUUACGACAUCUCAAGAGCUUUUUCGAAGUGCAGUUCAAAAUAGAUGAGUGGAGUAGGCUCAAGGCCGGAGACGGGAAGGAAGAGGAAGAUGUUUUACGGAUAGGAAGCGAACAGAAGGCAAUGGUUACAGCUAUGGGGAUAGGCUUCAGCAAUCUCAACAAAACAGUUUUGUAGCAUCUUCGCAUUUUCGUUAUCUCUUUUGUUACCAAUCUUUGUUGAUUUGUUCUUGUUAUAUGAAUGUACAAAAUAAAUAUAUCGACCU